AGGAGUUUUAGUAUGGGGACACGGACGCUUUGAGGCCUCAUUCAAUGCUUUACCGAACUCACCAUCCAUUUUUGUUCCCCAAACAAACCCUUUCUUUUUUACUUCCUUCUCUCUCUCUUUUUCAUCCUCUUCUCUGCAACAACUACUCUCUCUUAUCCUUUUUCCCUUCCCCUUCCCCCCCAGUUUUCAGGACCAUGGAAUGUGUUGAAUUAAGCCCCCAACUCUGUUUUCAUGAUAAUGCCUGUUUUAAUCCCCAGAAUGUUGUCUCCUCCGAUGAUUUUUUCGUUGAUCAACUCUUGGAUUUGUCUGAUCAUGAUGAAUUUCUUCAAGACCAAACCCCUGAUCACCACGACCAUGAUAAGCCCUCUGUUUCCCUUUCCAAUUUUGUUUCUCCUCAAGAAAUUCAUCACCACUCCAGUGUUUCCGAUCUUCCUUCUUUACCAUCCAGCGAACUUACCGUUCCGGCGGAUGAUUUAGCGGACCUCGAAUGGCUGUCCCAUUUUGUUGAGGAUUCUUUCUCUGGAUUUUCCGCUCCGUUUCCCUCUCCUGGAGUUUCUUCCCUGAUGAAAUCGUCUAAGGAAGCCGCCGUCGUAGAGGAACAACUGGAGACCGAUUGUUCCGUUUCGCCGCCGGAGCCCUGUUUCAAGACCCCAAUUCCGGUUAAGGCUAGAAGCAAACGGACGAGACCCAGCGGUCGAGUUUGGUGCCUUGGUUCACCGUCGUUGACCGAAUCAUCCUCCUGUUCCACAACGUCGUCCUCCUCGUCCUCGCCGGCGAGUCCUUGGUUCAUCAUUCCCGACCGUUUCGAACCAGAAAUUCCAGUCUCGAAGAAACGAAGGAAAAAGUCUCCGUCGGAAAAGUCCAGAACCACCACCGGAGUCCAGCAGCCUCGGCGGUGCAGCCAUUGCGGAGUCCAGAAAACUCCCCAGUGGAGAACCGGCCCCCUCGGAGCAAAAACUCUCUGCAACGCUUGUGGCGUCCGGUUCAAAUCGGGUCGACUUUUACCCGAAUACCGGCCCGCCUGCAGUCCAACUUUCUCCAGCGAAUUGCACUCCAACCACCACCGGAAAGUUCUCGAAAUGCGCCGGAAAAAAGAAGUCGCCGCCCCGGCCGAGUUUUUGACCGUAGGAGAGAGUUAGCAUACCCCAGAGGGAAAAAAAGAAAAGAAAAAGAAAAGGUUGCCGUAGUUUGAGGCGGGCGAUGAAUAGAGGAGGAAGAGAAGAGUAAAGUUUAGGCAAAGAACCGGAUUUGUCGAGCCGGUUCAAUUAACCCGAGUUAGUGUACAUUUUUUGCCCCCUCUGUUCGCCGUAGGUUUGUAGCGAUGUACGUACGUACGUAACUGUCUAGAGAAAAGAUUAUUAUGUAUUUCUAAAUUUUAAUUUCUUUGAUUAAUUAAGAUUUUAGAUUAAAUGACAUUAACGGCAGUAUAUUUUAAAGA